CAACUUUUAUAUAUAGUACAAAUACAAGGAUUGAAAAAAGUUAUUAAAUUCUGCCGAACUCAUAACUAUAACGGUGGCUCCGCUCUUUUUUCCACACACUCUUUAACAAGUAGUUUUUGUAAAUUUUUGUUCUUUUAGGAACCCCUUCUCUUUCUUUACUCUUUAUAUAUUCCAAUUCUCCAUUUCAAUGCAAAUAUGAGAAACCACUAUACAAAAAUAGACCAACAAAAUAUGUUUUCUAGUAGUGUUAAAAGAGUAAUGAAGUAUACUGAGCACAAAAAGCAAACCACUAUAAUAGUUCAACCAUUAACACCAGACGGAAAUAUCUCCGACCAGAAAAACUCACCUGAAAUGAAUGCCACGUGUCCCAAAGUUGUACGUAUAUCUGUCACUGAUGCUGAUGCUACAGAUUCUUCAAGUGAUGAAGAAAGUGUUGCUAAUGUACGACAUAGAGUGAAGAAAUUCGUUAAUGAAGUCAGAAUCAAGCAAUGUAACGAGAGUGUUAAUUUGGUGUUGAAAACAUCCAGCUCAUCAGGAACUCAUAAACUUCAAAUCGUGGACGCAACCGAGAAUGCAGUAAAUUCAGUAAAGGGACGACGGAAAAAGAAUACCGAGGCAAAAAGACUGAAAGUGAAAAAUGUGAAAAAGUUUAGAGGUGUAAGGCGGCGGCCGUGGGGAAAAUGGGCGGCUGAGAUUAGAGAUCCGAUGAGACGUGUACGGUUGUGGUUAGGUACUUAUAAUACAGCUGAAGAAGCUGCUAUGGUUUAUGAUAAUGCAGCUAUUAAGUUACGUGGACCUAAUGCACUCACUAACUUUGCUCCUGAGGUGGAAGGUAGUCGCUGCAAUUACAGCUCCGACAAGGUUAAGGUGGAAGGUAGUUGCUCGGGUUACAACUCGGUCAAUGAUUCUCACCCUUCUCCGACGUCUGUUCUCCAUUUUACGAGUGAAGAAGCGGAUACUGAGCUGUCCCCGAGUCCAAUGAAAAUAGACAUAGAACAUAAUUUUCCUAUACUGGAGAAUUUUUCUGACUUAUCGUCGUUUGAGAGUUUGUUUCCACAUGAGUUAUUCCAGUUUGAGAAUCUGGUACCCGUACCUGAUUGGUUUGAAGCAACAAGUUUGCAAGACAACUUUGUCGGGUCAAGUAAUGACUUCGGGCUUGUGGAUGACUUUUUUCUGGAUUUUGGAGAUAUAUUCGGGUCUGACCCGCUCAUUGCUCUUUGAAACUUGCUUGAAAGAAUAGUAGUAGUAGCAUUAUUCUUUGUUUCAAAAAAAUUAAUUACAGUGAAUAGGAAAAAUUCAAUUAAACUGUGAUUAGGAAGUGGUAGUAUUUAGAUGUUGAAUGCAAAUGGUCUGUUUUGUCAUACUAAUGGACAUUUAAGUGUUGAAAUUAUAAUAAUAUAUUAUAAUUUGAGUUGUUAUCCUCUGAGUCCAAUAUUAGAAGGUCUAUCAAACUCCUAGGGAGUUAUAUAAUUAUGUUAAAAAAAAAAAAAAAACAGAUCAAUGUUCUUUUUAUAUAAGUGAUUCAUGAGCGAUGAUCAAUUUACGUGCAAUAUACGGGAGUCAUAGACUUAUUUUCAGAAGGACAAUAUGAGCAAACUCACAAAAGUGAAAUUAUUGUUAUUGUGCUUAAGAUUGAAAUGUAUUAAUUGUUGUUGUAUGAUAUCUUCUUUUAAAUUUCGUAUUCAAUCAAAAAUAGUAUAAGAUGAAACAAAAUAAAUAUAUUAUUUUUGUCAA